AUGGCGAGCAAAGGUGUAAAGUGUCUCAAUGAGGCCUUUAAAAGCCUAAGCCUAUCGUCACAGACAUGCAGAGAAGCCGUUUCACAUCGGAUACCAUCGUCGACAUUUACUCGAUCAAUGGCAACUGAAGCACCUCUACCCAAAAUCACCACCUCGGUAGACUCAGACUCUAUAUGGAGACCAGCAACCACAGUCCCCCUAACCAUCUUCAACUUCCCAUCCUUCGAACCGCAGCGCCUCGAGUCCUGGUCCGCGAAGCACCUGCACCUGCCGCUGCGGCGCGACAUCCUGCACCUAGCAGUCGUAUACGAAGGGGACAACACGCGGCAAGGCACAGCCUCGACGAAGACGCGCUGGGAAGUCGCCGGUUCGCACCGCAAGAUGCGGCCGCAGAAGGGCUCGGGCCGCGCCCGCGUAGGCACGCGGCAGUCGCCCAUGCUGCGCGGCGGCGGCAAAACGUUCGGCCCCAAGCCCCGCGACUUCGGCACCAAGCUCCCGCGCAAGGUGUACGACCUGGCCUGGCGCACCGCGCUCAGCUACCGGUACCGCCGCGGCGAGCUCGUCGUGUGCCAGGACGGCAUGGAGUUGCCGCUGCCGGCCGAGUUUGCCGAUCUCGUCGCUGCGGGGGAGUUGCAGGACGAGCUGCAGCGCAGCUUCAAGGCGAAGUGGGUGCAGCAGGUCCUCGAUGCUAAUGAUUGGGGGCGGCGCAGCGGCCGCAGCACGUUCAUUACGACUUCGCCUCGGGAUAAUCUGUUCGAGGCGUUGGAGGAGGUGCCGAAUUACGGACGCGCGCUGGAAGUCGACGACGUCGAUGUUAAGAAUCUACUAGAGACGGGCCGUCUAGUUGUGGAGAGGGAGGCGCUUAAGGAGCUGAUCGAGCGGCAUCAGAGCGAUAUAGUCACGAGAGUGUUUGUCGCUAAUGCUGCGUUGCCGAGGGCGCCUGAAAGUGGCCAUGUGUUGGUAGAGUAG